GAUUUUCUCUCUUCUUUUUCAACUACUGCUCUAUCCUUUUGCAAUUUAUAGCAUAUCGAUGACAGAAAACAACAACAUGGCUGCCGAAUCUGCAGGUUCAAAAGUCAGACCCAGGCGUAGAGAUCACAACAUUGCUGAGCUCUUCGAAAGUCGAACAACCCCACACCAAGAAAGCCAUUGCAAUCAUAGCGACGUCAUUCCAGUUAUUAUAAUCGGAUUCGCUGACAGCCUUACUGUCCUGUUCUCACUCACUGUCAGACUGUUUAUCGUUAAAUCUCUUCAUCUUGUCAUUCUUGGCAGCCUUGCUGAGCUUUUCGCGGGGUCCAUCUCAAUGGGUCUUGGGAUGUUUCUGGCCCCAGGCACGGAAAACAAAUACUAUUGCUUCGAAGAAAUCUGAGAAUGGAGGGACUUGAUUAUGUCUCUACAAGCUGAGGAGAGAGAGAUGUUUGAGCUUAUGGCUGGACAUAGGCCGGAACGCGAAUCCGUUUGGCUAAUCGUUGAAGGUUUUAUGAAUAGGGG